AGUCACAGUUCACGUUUGUCUCUUUCUCCGUCGUCACAUCUAGAAGUGCCUGAGUGCAGACGCUAUUGAAUUGCUAUUUACUCUGCAGUUCUGGUCGCCGCCAAGGUACAACUCAACAAAUCGUGAAUUUUUUCCUCUUGUGUACUGAUUCAGCCUCGAGGAUUGCCUUUGUUAUCGGGAACUAAAUUAUACUUAACAGACUCAUAGACAUGUCAAAUCCGUCUGCAGACAGCACUUUCGUCAUGGACGACAUUUAUCGUGCCACAACAACUGCAAUUCCAAAUGUAUCGCGAAAUAUGCUUGGUUCGUUAAAAACAUUUGUUGGUGCUGGAACAAACGACCCCGAUGAAAAAGAGGCUUUUUUGGAUAUUAAACCAUUAACCAGAAGAGGUCCGGCCGCCGAAGUCGGUGAUGAUAUCGAAUUGAAGGCAGUUCAGUUGCAGUUCCCAUCUGCUCGUACGUUGGAUAAGAACAACUCUCUUUACCAGGAAGAACGGAUCGAAACAGGAAGAGGCAACCUGCUCGUUGCUAUACAAGGCGAUCGUACUCAGCCUGCCAUGAUCACGUACCACGAUUUAGGACUGAAUCAUGUGGCCAACUUCCAGGCAUUUUUUAACUUUUCAGAGAUGCGUACUCUUGCCCAAAAUUUUUGCUUGUAUCACAUCAAUGCCCCAGGCCAAGAGGAAGGUGCGGCUACAGUACCAGAAGGGUAUAUUUAUCCCACUAUGGAGGAAUUAAGUGAGCAGAUAAGUGAUGUGAUGCUACACUUUAAUCUUAAAUCAUUCAUUGGUCUCGGAGUUGGUGUCGGGGCCAACGUUUUGGUCCGCUUUGCUCUGUUUCAUCCUGAAAAGGUUGACGCGCUGUGCCUGUUGAACUGCGUCUCAACGACAGCCGGAUGGAUUGAAUGGGGUUACCAAAAGUUGAAUGCUAGGCACUUGCGUUCGAAGGGCAUGACACAAGGUGCCCUAGAUUAUCUGAUGUGGCACCAUUUUGGACGAUUAACGGAGGAGCGUAAUCACGACUUGGUUCAUGUUUAUCGUGAAUACUUCGAACACCACGUCAAUCCAAUGAAUUUGGCAUUGUUUAUAGAUUCAUACAUUCAACGGACAGAUCUAAAUAUCUCACGCGAGCUAGACCCAAAUCGGCGAGCAUCAGUCAGGACAGUGGAAGUACCUGUUUUGAACAUGACUGGAGCACUUGGUCCUCAUGUUGAUGACACAGUCACAUUUAACUCGAGAUUGGAUCCAUCCACUUCAACCUGGAUAAAACUCCAAGAUUGUGGAAUGGUUCUGGAAGAACAACCAGCUAAAGUCGUUGAGGCUCUUCGACUUUUUCUUCAAGGCAACGGUUACGCCCUGAAGCUAUCACGGAAGCCGUCAGCCUCCCCUUCUGAAGUUCCUUCUCCUUCUUCGUCAGCGAACAAACUUUUGUUUGGAGAUGGUAUUCAACUGGAUAUUAACAAUUGUUCUUCAUCUGAUGUCGUUGCUGAUAUCCGUAUCACCGAAAACCCUAUACUGAAUGUCAACGUUACUAAUCCCAUUAACGCUUGAUUUUCGCUUCCUAAUCAUGAAGUCCAAACAUUUGGUCUAGUCUUUCCUUAUGGUAAUUAGAGAAUUAUAUCGUCCUCAAUCUUUUCAUAGUUUCUUGAGGUGCAUGCAGGUGAAAACGAAACGUUUCCAUACGCCGCUUGUUUAGAAGAUACAUGGUCGUGAUUUUAACUAAAACCAAACUUAAUGCCUGCUUCAUUUUCUAUUUCGAAUGUUUCUUUCAACAUACCCAGAGGUUAAUGUCGCGUUAAUGUUGGUGAUCACCAUAAUGCUGAAUGAUAGCUGUUGUUUUACCAUACCAACGACUUUUAUUUGAACACCCUCCUAUUUUGUGGUCUUCGACCGACACUCUCGCCCCUAGCUUUUUUGGUAUCAAAUUUUAUUUGUUCGUACUGAUUUUAAAAGUAACCUACUAACCCACUAAAUCAUUUACAAACAUUCUCCCCUUUUUUUGGUCCCAUUUAACACGAUGGGUAAUGUCACCGGUUUUUCCUCACCAACCUGAACAAAGAUUUUUUUUUGUACCAUAAUCGAGAUAAGUAACAUUUCAGUAAAAUUUUGAAUAGUGUGA